AUGAACAAGCAGAUGAUGAAGCGCAAGGUCAAUACCGUGACACCCACAUCCACUACUUCUACUUCUAUAGCUACAGCUACUGCUAGCAAUGCUGGAAUGGCUCGAUUGAAGAGUCAAGUAGAAGAACUACGGGAGCAUCAAAGAGCUCUACUGAAAUCAGUGGAUGUCUACCAAGCCUCAGCGGAAGCUUCCUUUCAGAGAGAAAGACAAAAAAGCCAUUUGGCUUUCCAAAAAGCAAAAAAUGAUUUUGACAUUUUCGUCACAAAUCUGGAUUUUCCACAAAUUCAGUCACACAAACAUAUUCAAAAUGACAAAAAGAUCCAUCAAAAUCCAAUUUUGAAUCAAAAUCAACCAGAGGAACCAAUGACUGCUCAGCUUCAGGACAAGGACAACCAAGAGCAAGAGCAAGACCUAGAAGAAGAACAGCAACAACAGCUAGAGCAAGAAACAAAGAAGAAACCAAAAUCAGAAGACAAGAAGAAAAGUCCCUUCAAGUCACCAGGAACCAAAAAAGCUAUUCUAGCCAUUCUCAACAACAGUCAGCAAAAACCCAAGCAAACUCCAAGAAGUGCACAAGCAAAAGCAAAAGCAAAACCAUCCAACAAACAACAAUCUCCAACACAAAAAGCUACUGCACAAAAGAAACAGACACACAAGUCACUCGCCAUGCAUACCGGUACUGGAACCACAGCAAAGUCCAGCAAAACGAGACCUGAUGCAGCUCCAAUACUAUCCAAAUCAAAACCAUCACAAUCACCCAACUUCUUGUUGAAGGAGGAGGAGGAACGACAACUAGCCAUUCUAGAAAACAUGGACAAUGUCGAUUUGGACUCCAAAUUGCAGGAAUAUGAAAGAAGGGCCUUUCAAUCGGCGGUACAAAAGGCUCUACAGGACUUUGCUUCCUUUGCCAACAACCAACAAAUAGUGGACAAACCAUCACCUCCCAAACAACAAACACCGGUGCAACGCAUGUCACUGCAGCUCAAAAAGCCAGACAUGAUUGUACCUCCUUCGCCCAUCUCCAGCGAUAUACAACACGACAUUUCCAACAAUUUGCUCGAACGAACACAAUCAUCAUCCGACCAAGCUGAACUACAUGUAGAGACAAUGCACAAUCCAACAACAACAACAACAGCAACAUCCAACAGUCACCAACUCGCGUUGCAACCCCACAGACUUGUGGGGGGAACACAUCAUUUACUGGACGAUCUGGAUCUAUCGGUAGUAUCUGGAAGUGAUCUACCCAGCCUCGUGGAGGAACUACUGCCCAAACUACCAAAGCCACCAACGGUUCAAACAACAACGCUAGACUAUUAUAAUAAUACCAAGGACGACCCGGCAGAUCUCGGAACGCCAAAUCUCAUCACACCUGCCAAUGCGUCUCUACCGCUACUAGUCGCCACGGAAGGAAACGACAGGCUACACAUUGCCAAUGCAAACACCAAUCGUUCCAGAAGAAAUCAGCACCACAACAUGUUCGAGGAACAGUCAACAAAGACCAAAGCCCAAUCGAUUCUCGAUCAAAUACUCAACAGCAACGCCGACAAUGUCAUGGGAACCGCCGACAAUUACCAGCAUUAUGUGAUUGAUCCAGGGCAACAAAGUGAUCAGUCUUUCAUCCCGCAACCAUCUUCAUCUCCAAGCCCCGUUCCUCACAACAUCCCACGGCAACCGACGUCGUCACCGAGACAAAUACCACCACCUUCACCGUCGUACAGAACGAAACAAGAGCAUCAACCACCUGGCUCGUCGUUGCUACGGCAAGGCGACACAUAUCCGUCCAACGAUAUUCUGCUACUAGCUAACGACGCUGCUUCUACUCCAACUGGAAUGCAGCAAACUCCCGGAACGGAACGGCAACAAUCGCCACAAAGGACCAGACUCGAUCUUUCCCAUUACAUCUACUGA